AUGACGAGAACUUUGAUGAAGAAUUACAUUCUGCUAAUUGUGUUGCAUUAUGUCCAUGAUAACCAAUACGUUGCAAGAACGCAAGGAUUUGAUGCAUUAGAAAUGGCUGUCAUAGACUUCGUACGACGUGCACCACAUGGUGCUGUAGCACUCUACACCUCACCACAAAGCCCUCUAUGGGCUACACAGAGGCUCGCACCUGUCUUGCUACCAGCACCAGGAAGCUCACUCGGAGCACUCGUCGGAUCUGCCAGCCACCGGGUUGCACCCUUCGAUCAACUACUCUACCUCAUGGCCGUAGCAUCGCUACUCAACCUCGUCCUAUACCCCGUCGAGAACUUUUACGUACCCACCCUACUCUCGCUACAAUGCGCACUCCUUCAGUACCAACUCGGUCUGGACCUCACCCUCCCCGUAGACGCCGCCACACUACUCGCCUCCUACGAAAAACUAGGCAACAACCAUUUAGGUCGUGAUAACCAUUUAGGUCGUGAUAACCAUUUAGGUGGUAGUGGUGGCGACUAUUUAGGUUCGGACCAAACAAGUUUAUCUCCCACCGCAGGCUUGCCUACAACAAACUUGCCUCCCAAAAGUGCGUCCAGUCUGGAUGCGGCCGGUCUGAGCAGUGGUGGGAACAGUUUGCCCAAUAUUCUAUAUGCUACUGACGGCUUGCUAGAAGGUGGCAGAUCGCCUAAGGCUUCCUCGGACGUCUUCUGUAAAAAUCCGGCCUUCUCAAAAUCCGGUGGCACAGAUGAUGGUUCAGAAGGAAGGUCUCCUUCAAGCACUCGAGCACCCUCACCCACUGAGAACUUAGAUUUCCAAAGCUUGAUUGACUUACUAAAGAACGAAGACAUACUGAAAAUGGUUCUCGAAGGAGGACAUCAUCAUGAUGGGCACUAG